UUAUCUCAUUAUCUUUCCAUUUCCAACCAGAAUUUAAGAUCAUUGUGUCUUGUUAACUCAAACAGUCAAGGUGGUCCUCUGCAGUUGGUUUUGUUUUGCAGACAAAGACAAGAAGCUAUGGCUGUUGCAAAUUUCCACUACAUAACUCGGAUGAGCAGUGGUUUCAAAGUCUACAUAUUGGAAGGUCAGCCCAACUUAAGAAGUGAAGAUAGAUACAGGCAUAUAACCAAUGAGAGAGUUCGAGUACCACCAGUGCAUCCGGUCAAGCGCAAACAUAGCUCAUUAGACCGUGGCCUAACUUUGGAAGAAAGGCGAGAGAGAGCACAAAACAAAAACAUCAUAGGAAGUGCUCAGAGACCAGCUGUGUUUAGUGUCUCCCAGAGCCCUACAUCCUCCUGGAGCCCAACCGCCAGCCCCACAGAUCAUCUGCCUGGUCAUGUGUAUCAAACACCACCUAUGGAUGAACCACUUGACCUCAUUAAGAAACCAAGGAAAGAGCUUGACAGGAAAGAAGAGAAAACCAAACACAACACAGUUACCAAUCAGAUACAGAUGCGCCCUUCUGUGAUCACAUGUGUCUCCUCCACACGAAAGCCUGUCUGCAGAUCUGAAAUCCGCAGCAGCAGUCAUUCAUCCACAGUGCUACCUAAGCACAGUUAUGACCACGUGGUGGAGGAGCAUUUUAAGCGAAGCUUAGGGAUAGACUACCAAAAGACCAGCUCCCGCCAGCUCUCCAUAAGCGUCUCUGUGGAUGAUCACUUUGCCAAGGCCUUGGGGGAGAAGUGGCUUCAGAUCAAAUCAAAAUCUUCCUUGCGCUCUUUGUCUACAUCCUCGCCACCCAGCAGUCCAAGUGUCACUCAAUCCCCCAGCUACUGCCACAGCCCAAAUCAAACUCCCAAAGAGUCUCCAAGUACCACCACUCCCAACUCAAGCUUCUGGUCAGUCAAAUAGAACGACUGAGGACUUUCCUGGAGAAAGAAUGAACUUUAAAAAGAAAAAAGUUGCAUUUUAUGCAAUACAACGGCAGGUCCAUGCUUUUCAAGGAAUGCAAAGCAACAUUUUUGGGAAAGGGCAGGACAGAGAUCAGGAAUGUAGGAAAAAACCUGUUCGUGGUUUAACCAUUGUGUGUAUCUCUGUGAGUUAUUGCCCAACUGUGGGAAGCAGAACUAUUUGUCCAAUUAGGGACAAGCAAAUGUUGCAUUGAUGUGAUGUGUGUAUUUCUAUUAUUUUCUUUCCCAUGCUGUCCCAGACUUUAUAAUAUAGCACCUCGACUGUAUCAUUGAAAUAAAUGGUUUUGUCAGAUGACUGUUGAGCAACAGUUGACAUUAUAUUUGAUAAAAUGUGUUAUAUUUCAGUCAAUUCUGUGAAUAUGCCACUACUUUCAUGGUUGUGUAUUUAUGGUGUAUGUUUUCAAUGAAUGUAGAUAAUACUUUCAGUCUGUUAAAUGAUCUGUAUCUACUGUGCUAACAAAUUCACCAAACCUGUUUAAUAGUAACUUGGACAUCUCAAAAAGAAAAACCUGUUUGUGACUGAAUAUUACAAGUAGAUCAUUUCAUUAUCUUUAUCAAAUAAAAAGUAUACAAACAUCCAUUUGCAAGAUAAUAAGAAAAUAAAAACCAUGUUAUUGUAUAAAUAUCAACUUUGUGAUUCAAUAUUUACCAUAGGAAGGACGUUUAAAUUUCUAAAAUGUCCCUCUGUCAACCCUGUGCAGCUUCUAGAAAGAUUUCAAAUUUCUCAAAAUGUCACCAUUAUUGUAAAGCCCUAGUUAUUUUGUUUAUUUGACCAAGUCAUUUUUGAAAAUUAUUAUUUAUUUAGUGUGAUACUGAUUCAUUUACACCUCUCUCUCUAAGUCAACCCUUUGUUGAAGUCUUUGAAUAUGGUAGAUAAUGGUUAAUAUGGUGAAAAGAGAAGUAAAACUUCUCAAGUGUAUUUGGUGGAUUUACCCAAUUGUUGUAAAUACUUUCUUAAGAAAAUAAAG